GUGUAUUGUUUAUCAUAUGACUUCCUUCUGUUUUGCCCAAAUGCUCUGAAGCUCUGAUGAAUGUACGCUCAAUCAUUUUUUUGGCCCUUCCAUAGACAAAUUUUUGUUUUGAUUUUAUCCCAUCGAACUGUUACGCGGUUACAAUUGUGUGUUUAUGCUCUGCCUGGGUUCUUGAAGCAUUUACUCGAUAGUAUGGAUAUAUGACAAGAGUACAUUAUGUUACCGUAACUAUUAUGCACAAUUGAUCAACGCCCUUAUACUCUUUCUAUGUGAUUUCACGUAGAACAUGUUCCUAUUUCAAACUCACAGAUUAAGUUCAAUAUGCUUGUGCCGUCGGUUACAUAAUACUGACAACUUCGUGGCCCUGGUCCUUUUCUGUUUUGGUCAUGCCACUUCCUUUGAUCUUCUUGAACCCUUAUUGGUUAUACCACCUAUUGGUCCAUCUGUUUCUCAUCUGGCGAUGUGAUUACUUGGUAUUCUUCACGUGCCAUAGGAUUGUGGUUUGACUAUGGAGCUAGUUCGAAUUACACUCUCGAUUGAUUGACCUUGUCGGCUGCUAUUUGCAGCGGUAUUGUUUUGAACUUUUGUGAUGUGACAGGAAAUAUAGAAAAGAGUUUGGAUGUUUUUCAUUUCUUGGUAAUUUCUGAGAGAAAUUGCACAAAAUGAAUGAUACCCACACAAACGUGGCGUUGUAUUCCAGAUGGAAGCACAAAACUCCGAGGAUGCACGAGUGAUUGAGGUUCGUGGACACACCUCUGAUGGUAGAAGGGCUCUUGGGGGAAGUAAGCUUUGUGGGGAAGCACCAUGUGGGUUCGCAGGCGCUGGAUCCAUCUCCAGGGAUUCCAAGGAACGAUGGACCUCCAUGCGAAAACUUCUGACGGCAGUGAUUCUUUGUAUUGUUUUCAUGAGCAUUGAAGUUGUUGGGGGAAUCAAAGCUAAUAGUCUUGCAAUAUUGACUGAUGCUGCACACUUGCUUUCGGAUGUUGCAGCCUUUGCCAUCUCAUUAUUCUCUUUGUGGGCUGCUGGAUGGGAAGCCACCCCUCGUCAGUCAUAUGGAUUUUUCAGGAUAGAGAUUCUCGGAGCCUUGGUGUCUAUCCAACUAAUAUGGUUGCUUACAGGGAUUCUAGUCUUUGAAGCCAUUCAAAGACUCAUUGCUGGUACUCAUGAGGUUAAUGGCCUAUUAAUGUUUUUGGUUUCUGCAUUUGGUCUAUUGGUUAACAUUAUCAUGGCUCUUUUAUUGGGUCAUGAUCAUGGUCACGGACACGGACACAGACACGGACACGGGCAUGAUGAACAUGAUCAUGGUCAUGUCCAUGGAUCUAUAGUUUCCACCCAUCAACAUCAUCAUGAUGAAGAACAUUCCAGAGAUAAGCACCAUCACCACAGUCAUGAUGAUGUCAGUGAACCACUUCUCAAUGGAUCAAAAGGCAAACCAGAGGAGAAGAAGGAAUGGAACAUUAAUGUGCGAGGGGCUUAUCUCCAUGUACUUGGAGACUGUAUCCAAAGUAUUGGGGUAAUGAUUGGAGGAGCAAUCGUUUGGUACAAGCCCGAGUGGAAAGUAGUUGACUUGAUUUGCACACUAGUAUUCUCGGUGAUUGUUUUGGGGACAACGAUCAAUAUGCUGCGAAGCAUACUUGAAGUCCUGAUGGAGAGUACGCCAAGAGAGAUAGAUGCAACUAAACUUGAACAGGGCCUGCUGGACAUGGAUGAAGUUGUGGCUGUUCAUGAGCUGCAUAUAUGGGCCAUUACAGUGGGAAAGGUUUUACUGGCUUGUCAUGUGAAAAUUAGGCCAGAAGCUGAUGCAGACUUAAUGUUGGACAAGGUUGUGGACUAUAUCAAAAGGGUCUACAACAUAAGUCAUGUGACCAUUCAGAUCGAGCGCUAGUUCUGUCUUUGGGUCAAUUGGCUUUUUUUUUUUUUUUUUCCUUCCUGACUCUAGAAUACAACUUCCUUGACCGCAAUAAUGCAGCAUAUGCUUUUCUUGGAAUUUAAAGAUUGCCGGUACGAAUAGCUAUUUCUUGGGGCUUCAAUGAGGGUUGAGCAGUACGUGUUUUAACAUUAAGUCUUUUUUCAAAAAAUGAGGGAACUCAUCCUGACCUCUUUUAGGAUGGUGGGUUGACCUUGGUUAGGUUGGGUCUGUUUGGCAGUUCCGUGACUGCAUUAUUUACUUUAUAGACUAAUUUUCUGGUAUUUUGCUCUGGUCU